AUGGAUCAGUACCCAUGGUCCCAACAGCCGCCAAACUAUCAAUCAUUAUUCGAACAGUCUUUCCACCACCCAUCCACCAAUUUCAAUUACCAGUCUUCUGUGGACGACGCGGCGAACAUCUUCGCCAGCGUCUUCGAGCGCCAGGCGAGGGAGAGGCGACACCAGCGGCCAAAUUUCGACGAAAUAUGGAAUGAGCAUUGGCGCCAGACGGAGGAAAGAUGGCGCAAGCAGGACGAACAGUGGCUAAAGCAACAGGAGGAGUUGAACCAGGUGCUGGAGAAGCAACGUCGUGAGGCCGAAGAACAAAGGAGGCGUCUGGACGAGGAGUCUAAGAAACGGGCUGAGAGACUGCGCAAGAGCCAAGAAGAAGCGCAGAGAGCCAUAGAUAAUCUCAAGCGAUACUUCCAAGAGCUAGCGGAUCGCAGUGGGCAGAAACAAUCACGGCCGACGUCUAGCGUGAAGCGCGUCUGGGAGGUCUAUCAAGCCCCGCAUUCGUCUCUACCUCCCCAUCUCGAGUUCCAUACCAUCAUCUGGCCGGUCCUGGCCCCUCCCUCACGAGGACCGCCCAGGACGCCUGGGGGACCACCUAUCAUAGGAGGUCUUACUCGCCAUGCUUUGAGGGAAUUCAUCCUUUCGCGCACACAUUCUGCAGGCAUGACCGAUAGGGCAAGAGUACAAGCUGCCCUCCUACGCUGGCAUCCCGAUAAGAUGGGGAGAGUGAUGGAAAGGGUUGCCGAACAAGAUCGUGAGGCCGUUCAGGAGGGCGUGAAGAUCGUGGUUGGAGAACUGGCCGUGCUUCUGAGGGAGGUCAGUCAGGCUCGGACCACAUGA